AUGGUUAAAAGGAGGGGAAAGCCAGGCUUUACUAGUUUCAAGAACUCCUUGGAUCUUAACGGAAAUGCCUACCUCGGUUCUGUUUUGGGUGUCUUGUAUGAUCGUCAAGAUGAGAUAUCACCAGCUGCAGUUUUAGGUGGAAUUGAUCAGAUUAUCUGGAGUCGUAAAGGUGUCAAUGACAAGCUGAAGACACACCAUGUGUAUGCUAAUAUGUCUCUAAGGGUCACCAUUAGGAAGAAGCAGCUGAAAUGCUUAAAAAAUGGAUGUUCAAGUUUCAGAACAUGGUCAGCUUCAGGCGGAGUAGGGGCAAGCUGUAUCAGAAAACUCAUGAGGGAGCUCAGCUUAUUCAAUCAACUAAUACAGCCAAGUCAACAAAAGAAUGUGCAUCUUUUCAUUCGGGGUGUGUUGAGAAGUCUAAGAAGAGCGAGCAGCCAUUUCAAGAUCUUUCAAGUGAAAAAGGCUCCACAGUGCUAG